GUUCAUGGGCGUGAUCAUGUUACUUGAGAAACAGAUUUCACAAGAUAAUGUUUUAAAUUCGAACAUUUCAGAUAAAAAUAAGCAUUUAUUAAACAUUUCAGACCAAAAAACUACCAAUAAAGUAUGCUUACGUUUAUCAAAUAAUAAUAAAUUGUUUGUAUAAAAAGCCACGGUUUCUGUUAUCAAGUUUUUGAUAAACUAGAAGCGGCUUUGAGGAAAAACAUGCACUAUCAAGAACAGAUGGAGUCUCUUAUGUUGGGUGAAGAACGCAGACGCGGAAAUUGCGCUAGGGACGCAGAUGCAGAUGAAGGUUUUAUAUCUCCCUCUUCUUUUCCAAACUCUCCUGACGAUUCGGCCCGUCGUGGUUCAUUUUCUUUAAGGAGAGGACUGUCUAAACAUUACAAAGGUAAAUCACAAUCAUUCACUUCGUUGUCGGAAGCGCUAACCGUAGAAGAUCUCGCGAAACCUGAGAAUCCUUUCAACGCAAAACUAAAGCAGCGACGGGAGAACCUUCACUGUCGUCGAUUCUCCGGACCUGGCGGCGCAUCAGAGAGAAACUUAGGCGGCCAAGACGAUUUCCUAGCCGGAAACGAUAGGCCGCCGCGACUUUCUGGUAACAGGCCGCCUAGAGCCCAGACGCUCUCUGCCGCUCAUAUAUCGUCUUUGGUUACUCGAAGCUAAACCGAAACGUUUUAUAGAUUAUAUUCUCUCUAAAGAAACUAGGUUUCGUUUGGGACGAUGUUUCUUGUAGCUUACGUCUUCUAAAUUGUAUGUGAAUGUAUAACUUAUAAGUAUUU